CAUGUGCACUUCGUGACACUCCACAUAUCCCAGCAAAGUGACUGAAUGAAUUGGAGGGGGGUUGUCAAAUUAUAUGAAACGAUUCUUCUGUUAUGUUUUAUUCGUCGUGGAUCAUCUCCACCUCGUUUACCGGGACAAGAACCAGAAUAGAGGAAUAGUAGGGAGGGGGAAUGUCGUUUUUCUUCAUCAACUAGCAAGCUAACAAGCUAGCUGACGUUAGCUAUAGGCUCACAUAGCCACAAGCAUCAGUCCUGUAGCUGCUUAUAAUAAAAGGUAGCAAAAUGUACUUUCUCUACACAAUUAUCGCGUCUUUAGUUGUUUUUUUCAUUUUGAAAUGGAUGAAAAAGAGAAGAUGUUGCACCGACCUGAAAAGACUUGAUGGCAAAACAAUUAUUAUAACAGGUGGGAAUUCAGGCAUUGGCAAGGAGUCAGCUGUUGCCUUGGCAAUGAGAGGCGCUCGUGUCAUCAUCGCUUGCAGAGACCCUGACAAGGCUGAGAAGGCUGUGAGGGAGAUCAAGUUCAAGAGUCACAGCCUUAACGUCCUUCACAUGGAGCUGGAUCUGGCCAACCUGCGCUCUGUGAGGGAAUUCUGUAAGAGCUUCCUCCAGAGAGAGAAGAGGCUUGACAUCCUGAUCAAUAAUGCAGGCAUGCCCGGUGUCCUCGAGUGGACAGACGACAGCUUCAGCAUGUGUUUUGGCGUCAACCACUUGGGUCACUUCCUCCUAACCAAUCUGCUUCUGCCUCGCCUGAAGGAAUGCACCCCCAGCAGGGUGAUCACCCUCACAUGCUCCAUCUACAAAUACCAGAAACUAAACUUUCAGGACCUCAACUACAACCUGCUGCCAUUCUUCACCUACUGCCGCAGCAAGCUGGCAAACAUCUACUUCAGUCAGGAAGUGGCCCGCAUCACUGAAGGGAAAGGAGUGACCUCCUAUGCUGUGCACCCCGGUUUUGUCCAAAGUGCUUGGACGUGCCACUACUCCAUCCUGUUCCGGAUGCUGAUGCAGGUGAUCAUGUGGAUGUUUUUUGUGCCGUGUGAGAUUGGAGCUCAGACUGUCAUCUACUGUGCUGUGUCAGAGGAAGCCUCCAAACACAGCGGGGGUUACUUUGUCGACUGCAGACCAGCUACUCUGCGUCCUUUCGCAAGAGACGCUGGUGUGGCAAAAAAACUGUGGGAGGCCAGUGAGAGACUGGUGACACUGGCCUGAUGGUGGAACUGAUUCUUAGUUAUUUAUGGUCGUGUGAUUUCUUUUUAAAUAUCUUUUAUUUUCAUUGACAUGUUUGUGUAAAAUGCUGAUGGAAAGAUUUCUAGUUAUUUUAUGUGUUUAUGUAAUUUAAUGUAUUUAUUAUAUACAAAUAAAAAACUUUGUUUUUCACUGUCA